CGGCGCGUGGCAGGUCCGGCGGGCGCCCGGAGGCGGCGGCCCGACCCCGGCCCAGCCUCGUACCGCCCGCCCCCCCGCCCGGCCCCGAUCGCGACUCCGACUCGCCGCCCGGCCCGCCCGGCGCGCCGCGGCCCCGCCCCGGCCCGGCACCUCCUGAGGGAGCAGCGCCGCCGGCCGAGCGCAGGCCCGGCCAUGACCGACUUCAAAUUGGGCAUCGUGCGGCUCGGCCGGGUGGCCGGGAAGACCAAGUACACGCUGAUAGACGAGCAGGACAUCCCGCUGGUGGAGGGCUACUCCUUUGAGGCCCGGAUGGAAGUAGACGCAGAUGGAAAUGGUGCUAAGAUAUUUGCAUACGCCUUUGACAAAAACCGAGGAAGGGGGUCAGGAAGGCUCCUUCACGAGCUGCUGUGGGAGCGGCACAGGGGGGGCAUCGCCCCUGGGUUUCAGGUGGUGCACCUCAACGCUGUCACUGUGGACAAUCGCCUGGACAACCUGCAGCUGGUGCCCCGGGGCUGGCGGCCCAGGGCCGAGGAGACCUCCAGCAAACACAGGGAGCAAAGCUUAUACUGGCUGGCGAUUCAGCAGCUGCCCACAGACCCCAUAGAGGAGCAGUUCCCCGUCCUGAAUGUGACCCGGUACUACAACGCCAACGGGGACGUGGUGGAGGAGGAGGAGACAUCCUGCACCUACUAUGAGUGCCAUUACCCGCCUUGCACAAUGAUCGAGAAGCAGCUCCGGGAGUUCAACAUCUGCGGGCGCUGCCAGGUGGCGCGCUACUGCGGCUCCCAGUGCCAGCAGAAGGACUGGCCGGCCCACAAGAAGCACUGUCGGGAGAAGAGGCGCCCCUUCCAGCACGAGCUCGAGCCCGAGCGAUGACCGGGCGGCGGGCGCAGCUGGCGGCUGGACCGGGGCCGCCCCCACACCCGCUCCUCCGCGGGGGCCCCACCGCGCCGCUUGGAGCAGAGACAGCUGAGAGGCCCCGCCAGGACGCUUCUCAUUAUUUAUAUGUUAAUAUGUUUGUAAACUCAUGUACAGUUUUUUUGGGGGGGAGGCAGCGGGAGGGUCAGAAAGUACAAAUAGGGUCAUUUGCUGUAACACUCGCUCUCCGGGCGGCUGAGCCGAGGAGGGAGGCCCGCCCGGGACGGGGCAGGAGGCGAAGUAAAGGGUGGGAC